CGCCGCUCUUGACAGCGACGCGAGCUCCAACUCACCGAGGCCGAAGUCAACGACCCGAAGAGACUUUUUUUUUUUUUUCCUUAUUCGUAAACAAACAAAAAAAUAAUAAUAAUAACUCCGCCAUGAAAGCCAUCAGCCCCGUUCGCUCAGGGAGGAGCUGCUACAAGGCCGCGUGCUGCAUUUCGGAGCGCAGCGUGGCUAUCGGCCGGACGACGAAGCACCACCACCACGCGUGCGUGGAGGUGCCGGCGGCGGCGGCGGGCGACAUGAACGACUGCUACUCGCGCUUGGCGGCGCUGGUGCCCAGCAUCCCCCGCAACAAGACUGUGAGCCAGGUGGAGAUCCUGCAACACGUCAUCGACUACAUCUUCGAUCUACAGAUCGCCUUGGAGGCCGAAGAGACCCCCAGGCUCUUGUCGAUAAAGACUGCUGACCUGACCAGAACUUUCUCCAAAGAUGAAGGGCGUUUGUGCCAUUAGGAUAUCUCACGUGACCAUGGUGCAGGGAAACUCAUGUCUCCACUUCACUGCAGGCCAGAAGAGCACAAGAGUGGGUUGGGGGUUGGGGGGGGGGGGGGGGGGGGGGUGCAACAGAGGGUGGGAUAGGUAUGCAGACGAGAUGGAAAGCGCUGACUGUUUUUCUGCUCGUUCCGUCCGGGAUGGACACAUCAACACACCAAAGCUUCAUCAGGCCUCCAUUUUGGACCCAUUCCUACACUGCACCUUCAAAUAUUUGCAUUCCAGCCAUCUCCACCCUCUUCACCCCUGUCUGUUUUCUAAUCAACAUGCAACCAGUGUACAUAUCUGUUAGGCGUGUAUGUGAGUAAUUUUUUUUCUUUUGUUUUUAUGAUUAUCACAAUCCAGAAACUCUAUAAUAGAGUUACUUCUAAGAUGUCUGUGGGGAUUGUUGUUAUUUCCACGGACGAGAUUCCACUGAGUUUCAUAAACUCGUUAUUGUAAAGCUUGUGUGUAAAUUCUGUUAUGUCAUGAAAUAAACACAAUUUCAAACAAACUAAA